GAAUUCUGUCAAUUUGACUAUGUCAGAUGUCAAUUUGUACAAAAAGUGUACGUCAUUUUGAUCUUUAGAAUCGUGAGUAAUAAUUUGUGUAAUUUAUAAAUAGAAUAAAGCCACAUCAGACAUCGUUUAGAUCUUUAAAUAGAUACAAUCGACUCUCCCUCUCUGUUAACUACAUUCUUCAUUAGUUAAAAUGAGUCUUCAGUGGACACUAAUUGCCGGUUUUUUGUAUCUGGAAAUUGCGGUGGUACUUCUUUUGGUACUACCUAUAGCUUCUCCAAAACGAUGGAAUUCCUUCUUCAAAUCCAAAUUUUUGCAAGGAUUGCAAAGACAGGCAGGAUUUUACUUUUUGAUGUUACUAGGAAUUUUAGUGCUGUUUCUUCUAGACGCCAUUAGGGAGAUGAGAAAAUAUUCAAAUACUGAAAGUGAAGAGCACGGUCAUGCUCAUCUUGAUCGGGAAAUGCAAGGUAGUAUGAGAUUAUUUAGAGCCCAACGUAACUUCUACAUUUCUGGAUUUGCUUUAUUUCUUUCACUUGUAAUAAGGAGACUUGUUAUACUAAUUUCUGAACAAGCUACUCUUCAAGCUCAAUCUGAGGCUUCUAUGAGACAAGCUCAAAGUGCCACUACUGCUGCUAAGAGUUUAUUAGCUCAAAGAGGAGAAGAAGCACAGAAUCAGAGUAAUGAAGCCCAUGAUGAAGAGAUUAAUGAACUGAAAUCUAAAAUUGUUAAACUUAAAGAGGAUCUUAAAUUAGAACAAAAAGAUAAACAGGCUGUUAAAACUCAAGCUGACAAUUUGGCAAAAGAAUAUGAUAGAUUGGCCGAGGAGCACAGCAAACUCCAAAAAAAGAUAACUAUUCAAGGUGAUAAAAAAGAUGAGUGAUCUGUAUGGUAACAUCUUUGUACUUAGUAACAUUAAGAGGCAUAGGUGAUUGGUAAAAUGGUCAUUAACUUCUAUAUUAAACUUCAUAUUUAUAAUAAUAUUCUAAAAUGAAUCGUAUAAUGUUUAUUGAAGAAAAAUUUACAAAUCCUAGCUUUGAUAGCUUAAGAAAAAUAUAGGAAACAUGAUUAUUUUUAUUGAGUAAAUUUUCUAUUUUUAGAAAAAAUAUUGAAGCAUUUUUUACCUGAUUGUAAACUAAAAAUUUUAAAAUUCUUACAGUCUUGAAAUUAUAAGUAGUUGUUGAAUAACAUUAUUUAAAAAAGAAAAAAUUCACUAAGAGUUGGUUAAAAUAAUUAUGAUUAAUGUAUAAACAAUUCUUGUUAACUAUGGCUGUUCUGAUAAUCUUUAACUUCUUUACUGAUACUGACGAUUAUUUAUCAGAAAUUUAAGUUAAUUUAUUAUUAGGAAUCUUGAUGGAGUAUAAUUGAUCCAUUAUUUUUAGACAUUAAUUUUUAGGAGUUGAUAAAAUUUCCGUUAAAAUUAAUGUAAAUGUACUAGUUAUGUUUUUAAUUUAUAUUUAUCCAUUUUUGUAUUGUUUUUAGUUGUUGAAAUAAAUGCGUUCCUUCAUAUAUUUUUCAAUUA